AUGGCAAGCGCGUCAACUUCGCACCAAGAGCGCCUGCGGCUCGGCUCUGAAGAUGCUGCUUACGCCCGCGUCGACCUGACGCACAACCUCUAUCCUGGGCGCCGCUGGAUGGAGAUUGUCUUUCCGCUCGACGCGCCCCUCGCCUUGGUCAAAGACAAGCUGUACAGACACACGGGCAGCAGUGCCGCGAACAUCCGAGUGUUUCUGAAAUUCAGACCAGAUGACCCCGGCACACCCCUGGUCGACCAGCACCAGACGCUCAGAGCCGCAGGAUGCGUAGACGGCUGCACGCUGCACGUUGUCGACGACAUCGGAGAGCCCGUAGUCCCGCCCGUCCUUACGGCGGGCGACGCCGGCGAAGGUAACCUUCAGGGGAAGUACAGCAUGGACGAGGAGACCUACGACAAGCGCGAAGGAACCGCGCGAAAGUUUCUGGCGCGACUCCAGCAGGAACAGCCCGCGCUGUUCACCGGCAAGAACGGGCGCGAGGCGCAUGUUGAGCCCACGGAGGAGGAUGAAGAGACGUGGAAGAAACGACUGAAGGACGCGAGGGCCUCGUUUCCCCUCGGGAGUCGCUGCAGGCUCUCCGGCGACCGUCGUGGCGUGGUGGCCUUCGUGGGCGUGCGCCCUUCCAAGUCUCCUCGACAGAUUUGGAUCGGCGUCGCUCUGGACGAGCCUCUAGGGUCGACAGACGGCCGGGACGUUGCUGGCGCGUCGAAAGGACCGAAUAAGGUGUCUGGCGCCUCUCAGCUUCUGUUUGAGUGUAGUGGAGAGAAGUAUGGGGAGUUCGCCACGCCCGACCGGGUGGUGGUGGGCGACUUCCCCCCCAUCGACCCUUUCGACCUUCUGGAUGAAAUCUGA